UGUAGCUGAUCAAAGCUCACUCUCUAGAAACAGGAACAUAUGCAGGACUUUUUUUUUUUUUUUCAGCCUUCCAGCUUUCUUUUUUUAAGAGCUAAUAAGUAUUUUGUCUAAUAAGUUACCUGGCUUAAAGGAAAAUCCCAAAGUGUGAUGGUUAAAGAAGCAAUUCCCAUGAUUUCUUCUGCCUUCUCGUUUCAUAGUGGAACAGAAAAAAUCACUGAGCCCAAGUUUCACAUUGCUGCAUGGUAGCUGUGGGUGGUGAAGAGGAAGCAGCUGUGUCAGUCUGACCUGGGAUUUCACCUGCUUAAGCCAGGCUUGUGUGGGCAUUAUCAACCCCAUCACAUCAGAGCUGCAGGACUGCUCUUCUGACCAGCCCCUGGCCACUGGAACCCCUGAUGGCUCCCUGGAGGCUUCCCGUGCUCCCCAUGGCUCUGGUGUGGGGCUGGGUGCUGGCCUCCUCCUCCUCCCCCAGCACAGUUGCUCCGCCACGAGACCUUCAGAUCACUGACCCUGGGCUCCUGGGCUCUCUCGAUGUGGAGUGGAAGCCUCCAGCCCAUGUCCAAGCCUUCAACGAGUGCACAGUGAAAUACCAGUUCGAGUAUCGCAGCACUGGGGACAGAGACUGGAAGGUUAUUUUUACUAGGAAGCUAAAAUUCAGAGUUGGAUUUGACCUCAGCAGGACUGCUGAAGUGAGGCUGCAGACCCUGCUCAAAGGGCGGUGCACGGGUGACGUGGAGGUGCAGAGUGACUGGAUUUAUGCAACCUUUCAGAUUCCAUCACAAGGAAAACUUGAAUCAGAGGUCCAGAAUUUCCACUGCAUCUAUCAUGACUGGGAAUACCUGAAGUGCACCUGGCAGCCAGGUCUCCUCACACCUCGUGGUGUACAUUAUGGGCUAUAUUAUUGGUAUGAGGGGCUGGACCACACAGUGCAGUGUGAUCACUACAUCCAGGAGCACGGGAUGAACGUGGGCUGCGUGCUGCAAAACCUCAGCCAGGCUGAGUACCGCGACCUGAACAUUUGUGUCAAUGGCUCAGCAGCGGCGGCUGUGCGGCCCCUGUACACCACCCUUCGCCUUCACAACCUCGCAAAGCCCUCAGCCCCGGAGCAGCUGGCGCUUUCCGUGUCCGCAGCCGGGGAGCUCCUGGUGGCCUGGAGCCCCCCGGGCGGGCGAGUGCCCCGGCACUGCCUGGAGUACGAGGUGCAGGUGGCUGAAGAUGCGGGGGGAGCCGCGGCUGCCUGGGCGUUUGUGUCGACCCAAAUGGAAACCACUUUAACAAUUUCCAGAGCAAAUCAAAGCCACAUUUCGUGUGUUCGUGUCAGGGGAAGAACAAACGUUUUUUGUGCUGACCAGGGCUUUUGGAGUGAAUGGACACAGGAUUGUUUCUCUGUGCCCAGAAAAGAGGACAAGCAGCUAUUUAUCCUCAUUCCAGUCAUCCUGAGUUUGUCAAUUAGCCUCGUAGUAUUUAUGUUGAUUGGCCAGUGCAAGAAAAGAUCCCCAGCAGGAAAGCCAUUGCAGACAUCUGUGGGACUCUAACUCUGCCUGUGCCUGCUGUACUGCCUGUGUUUGGUGGGUUGCUCAUGGAACACCAUCCCAAGGACAGCCAGGAGCCCUGAGCUUUCUGCAGCCCAGAUGGGUCUUCCCUCCCUGCUCCCACCUGUGAGGGCAGUCAUUGCAAUCCCAGUCCUUGAAGGGCCAAGGAAAACUGGAGGGGUUUAAACUGACUGCAGGAAAGCUGGAAGAGAUUUAAACUGACUCUGAAGCAAGGUGCUUCUGAUAACAGGAAAAGAGAGAAAAAAAGAGGCAGUGGAAACUGCCAUGAAUAAAGAGAACAUAUUGUUCUGUGGGCUUGUUUGGGUUUUUUUUUUCUUUUGUAAGGACUCCAGAAAUCUGUCAGCAGGAUUUGCACACAAUAUCACACCCAUGUAAACAUCUGCAUCCAGCCCCUGUGCCUCACCUUGCUCUCACCAGGUCUUCCCUGUUCCUAAAUACUCAGCCUGCUGAGAGCCUCUAAAUGCUCAAGAGGAGCUACCUGAGCUAUUUAUUUCAUCAGCUGAUAUGCCUUGUCUGUUGAAAAGCUCAGGUGGAGAAGCCUUGAGAGAAACUUUUGCUAUAAAGAGGCUUGACCACAGCUACUGCAAAGGACAGAUAAUUCAGAGAAGUGAGAGUCACUGCAGCAAAUGUGGGAAUUUCUCUGGGAACUGAGCACUGGCACCAGAAUUUAAUAAAACACACCUGAUGUUCCUCAAGACCAUGCAGUCAGGUGAUGAAAUUGCAGACUGAUUUUUUAGGAAUCACUCCCUAUGAUGAUAAUAGAAAAAAAAAAAAAACCAAACUUAAAAGCAUCACUGGAUGAGAUACCCUUUUCCAAGCCCAUUCUGGGUUUUUUGCUUGAAGAACUAACCAAGGGAAACACAGGAGUUUAAUGUGAUUUCAUUUCAUUGGAGCAACCCUGAAAAUGUAUUUUCUUGAAGGAGCAUUUAUUCAAAGUGGGAAUUUCUAAUGAACAGUGGAAGCUCAAAGAGAAAAUCAAGUUUGUGUCAAUCAGCUAUGUAAAGAGCCAUACUAAUCCAAUCAGAAACAAAAUAACUGCUGUCUUACACAUGCAACUGCAAAAUUAUUCAGUCACUAUCAGCUGCUUCCACUGCUAAAUGGGCAACAGCCCAAUAUAAUUUGGAGAACAACCUAAGGAGGAAAGAACCAGGGAAAAAAUGGUCAAUGCACAGACUGAAGCAGAAAUGAAGUUUCAGGGUUGCUGUAAUUCUGCUGUGACAUGACCUCUGCCUCUACUGUCUCCUGAGCAGCCACCAUGGGGUGGAUUUACUUGGAAGAAUACCUGUGAGCAUGCACUGGGCAUGGAUAUUCAGAGCUGCCAUCAGGCCUCUGAUGUUCUGUGAGACUCUUAAACAGUUAAAAUAUCUGCUAGAAACACGUGAGUGCAUUGUGAAUGUCCCCAAGGGAAAAGGUAGGGCAGGCAGCCAAGCCCAGCCUGUUGUCCUGGGUACAUCUGGCUCGAUCUCACCACUUUACCAGGUAGGAAUGCUGGGCACAGCCAUUUGGACUGGGACAAAUACUGCAGCAGCUCCAGCUUACUGGAUGGGUUUAAACUGGGCUAAAUCCCCUAGUCUAAUUUUACCUGAAAAAAAAAGGUAAGAGGGGAAGAAGAGUUAAAGUGCAUGGGUGCAAGUCAGAGCAAAGGAAAGGCUGUUGUACCUCCACAGCUAGAACUCCCCCCAGAAGAAAUCAGAGCUAUUUCAGUAACCACAAAAUAUAAAAGUUAGGCUGAAGCCUGCCUAGAAACCUGCCUAGUAACAGAAUGAUAAAUUAAGUACAUCUACUUAUGGUAUCUGUAUGCUGUAGCUUUGCAGGAGCAUUUAGAUGAGGAAAGCUGGGCUUGGCCCCAGUGCAGGGCUCCCUGUUCCCCAAACUCAUCCCUGCAGAGGGUCCUCACUGCAGCAGCAGCAGCAGCAAAACACUCCCACAUGCUUUCCCACAGUAUCACAUCUGCAGCAUUUGCAAAAUCCAGCCUUAAUAGAUGGUCACUUGCCUUCCUAACAUCCUGAACCUCACUAAAAUUUCAGUAGGUUUUUUUUAUCUUGUGUUUAUAGAAUUACAACAUUGUAUUUUUUUCACACAGUAGUCUCAUUAGAGUGUUUUAAUUCGUUUACAUGUAGUCCAUAAUUAUUUUUUCAGUAAAGCACUUUUAAAAUCCCUCCUUUGGCAUGCUCUGCUCCUAUUGUUCCCAGCUCAUGUCUGGGCUCCCCACUAAGCUCCACAUGUUUGGUGAGACAUGUCUUUGUCUUUGCAUACCCAUGAGUUUAGAGUCUUCUUUCUGUCUUUGACUGAUAAAGUCUAGAGCCAUUUGUUGAAGAAUAAACCCAACUUUUCCUACACAGCUUUUUCUCCCUAGAGAAUGUCAAUACUUGUCACACAUACAAAAGCACGAUCCUGUGCAUGCUGCAGGGAAAUGCAAAUCCAUUUAGACUGUCAUAUUCUACCUGCUUUUGGGAAGUACCAAAACAGGGAAGAUUAACACCAAGGUCUCUGAACUCAAAAACUGCCCUUCUUCUGUCACUGAGGUGUAUUUUCAAGCUGCCACCAAGAGAAUAAUUUGAAAAACAAUUUACGUUCUGUUUCCUCAUAUCCAUCCUCAUAUUUUUUAAUUUUUCUGAGUGGCCUCUCAGUACAAGUGUUUCAACUAUAACUUGCCAAUGGCUGCAAGACACAAAGCAAGGCUGGCAUCUUGGAACAUAGGAAUUUCCACCUGAACAAGAGGAGGAAUUUCUUUACUAUGAGGGAGACAGAGCACAGGAACAGGCUGCCCAGAGAAGUUGUGGAGCCUCCUCUGGAGAUACUCAAAAGCUGUCUGGAUACAAUCCUGACUAAAGAGUGCUUGGAGAUCCUGCUUGAGAAGGGUUUGAACAAGAUGAGCUCCAGUGUUCCCUUCCAGACUUACCCAUCCUGUGAUCUCUCAGGAACUCUUCACUCCUCCUGCACUUGAGGAAAUGAAGAGGUGGAUGUUGUAUCUCACCGGCUGAGGCAUCUCUGCUGAAAUUUUCCAUCUUGUACAGGCGCUAGAAAUCCCAUGGCCACUGGGUGUCAGCAUCUGUGCUUGGAUGCAGAGGACAUGGAAAGCAGGUGCAGCAUUGGUGCCGCCAGAAUAUGGUAUUUAGUGCAUGAAAAUUAAAUAGAGGGGAUAAUAUCUCUGUGACCAUAAGAAAGAGGAGUUGUGUUCUUUCUGUACUGCAAAGCAGAGAUGUGUCACAGCUUUGCUCCGUUAUUCAGCCCUGGUGUGACUGAGGGGUAACACCUUGUGCCGUGUGGCAUUGUGACCAGUGCUGCUGCACUGACCAGAUCUGUGUCCCCCAGGGCAUGUGCCAGCCAGAACCAGCCCCUGCCACUGCCCUCCCCAUGCUCGUGCCACUGAGCAUCCACAGAAAGGUGCCAUCAGCCCAGACUAGGGUUGACUGUACCCUACUGUGUCCCUGCCUCACUCUGGCACCAGCUCCUGCAGCCCUGAGCCCCCACGGAUCUCAGCACCCACCCCUGAGCACUGCAGCUCCAGGCAGUGUCUGGAUCUUGGAAGGACAUCACAGCCCUUCUGGCUGCAGCUUCUAGAUGUCAAGGCUUUGGGACUGCAGUAACUCGUGAUAUAAUCUGAAAUCUAAAGAGCUUCACAGGCCAUGGCAGGUUUGCAGCUCACUGCCUUGUGUGCCAUUUGUACAUUUGAGAACAUUGUCAACCUCUUUAUUUCUAUGUAGAAACUAAAUUUUCUCAGGAGGGUCUCUGGUUUUCACAACUUCAAGGCAAGCAAAUACAGCUGAUGCAUGUACUUGACAGAACAAUUUGAGGCAACAUAUUGUGGCUGAGCUGUCUGAACAGCUGAAAUGGCUCUGCAAACUGUCUGUGUCAAGAUACCCUUCCCAGAGUACAGAGAGAUAAAACAACCAGCUGAAAAAUGACAGACACCACAAGGCUUAGCCCAAAAUCAAAGAUUCAUGUCCCUGCCAUCCUGGGCUGCUUGCCUCCUAUGUGGAUCUGCAUCCAGACACAACAUGGGACUGUUACAUUCAGGAAAUAAAACGCCAUUUCAGCAAGUCUCACACCAUCAGACACAUUAAAAUAAAAAAAUAAAAAUAAAAAAAUAAAGGAAACAAAUUUAAAAAUAUUGAACAUGGCUUCAGUAUUUUCUUUCUUGAUGGGUCUGCCCAGGAAACAAUCUCUGUGUUAAGUGGGUCUCAGUCCAGGAAGAGCUGAGUGUGGCUGCUUCCUUCAGCUGGGAGGCUGGAUGAGCAUGGUGGCAGCGCUGCUGUGGUGCAUGCACUCAUAUCUGACUGCAAGGACAGCCUGCACAGCACCUCUGACUUCUCUGAGAGGCCAAAGGAGGUUGCACUGCCUUGCCUUUGAUGGAAGGUGUGAAAGGUUCCUGCAGCUGCAGUGAGGGGAUUUGAACCGCGGCCAUCACCGAUCAUCCACAAUCCAAGGGUUUUGUUUCCUUGCCUGGGAAGCUGUAAAUGGAGGUGACAAAGGCAUGUCACACCUUUGGUGUGCUUGGAUGUCCCACCUGCCAAAGCACCAGUGAUUUGAAGGAGUUAUUUUCAUUUGGGGAAAAAAAGUACUUAAUAUCAGGUGUUUUUUUACAAACCAGGGAAUAUCUUCCUUUAAUGUUAUCUAGAUAUUGUUGUGACUUAAAAACAAAGAGUGGCAGAGUUCUCUUCACUCAUGCAGUAAUGGAGAAAACAUGCAUAGCAAGCAAACAUGCAGGGCCUGAUCUCUCUAGGGAUUAGAGCCUCCCUCCAAAGCUGCUCUUGGCUGUGUCACCCACCCCAAGCACCCUCCCUGCAUGCCCAUGGCACACGAGGAACAGCAAACAGUGCCAACAGUGUGUUAAACUACCCAGAGCAACAGCUGCCCUGCAGGAGACACAAACUUCAGCAGCACACAGGUAGGAAGCUGCUCUAAUUUUAACAAAUGCAUCCAGGCAGUGGUGUAGGUGAGGGUGCCAUGACAUGGCUACAGAAUAUUUACACAGGAGAAGGAAACAAGAGACAGCAGACACAGGAUCCCAUCCUGUCUCUCAGUACCCAAACAUUCUUUGUACUUUCUCAGAGUCUGCAGAGCCAGGGCUGCCCAGGGAACCUGAGAGAGUCACUGUGCCACCAAGAGGUCCCCACCUGAUGCAUGAAGCCCAGAAGAGAAUAGUCCUUCCUUUUAUCUGAUGAUGUUCCAGCUCUUAGCUGUUGAAAUGGAAAUAUGUGCCAACCUUUGGGACUCUCAAAUUGAUCUUGGCUGGUAGCUGCCCAGAACUUUGUGCCCCUGAAGCCAAAUUGUUUAGAAAUACACUGAGAAAACAAUAACCUUAUUGCCUUCCAGGUUCACCAAAGUUCACUUUUAACAACAGAGAGCUUAAAAGGCCAACAGCACAAUUUACUUAACAGAGAAAAGAGCAAAAACCUCCUGGCUACAGGAAUAAAAACAGUGUUUUUAAAAAGUCAGGCAGUGCAAACACAAAGUAGGCUCAGCCCUGAAAGCCUUCUCACCAGAGUUUGCUCAACCACACCAGCUGAAGCCAGCCCAAAAGGACAUUACCUCAAUGCUGUUGCUCUCCUGAGCAGACAGAGACCAUCUUCAGUAACACUGAAUGUCCAUGAAAAUGCUGUUAUAUAAAACAAAACACAUGAUAAGCAGUCAGGCUUGGGCUAGCCAAGCUGGUUGAUUCUGGAUGCUUCUGAGAAUGCAAGUGAAAGAUUGCUUCAUAGACUUUGGGGCUGGCUCAGGGCUGGGAACACACAGCCCCUGCCCUGCCUUGGCUUCAUGCUGUCCUGCGUGUGGGAGAUGCACCGACUUGGCAUGGCUUCUCCUGCCUUCCUCCAAAACUGUAGCAUUUUCCAUGGCUUUGCUAGGACUUGGAAGGACCAUAGCCCAAAAAUAGUGUUCUCUCUUCAGGAUGUUUGUUCCUCCCACACUUUGGGACUUGUCUCUAGGGCAGUGCUGCUGUGCAGAUGGCGGGCCUGGUGCCUGAGCAUUGCCAAAGCAAGAAGGACAAAUGAGCUGCCCUGGGCCCUCCUGCUGUGCCUAUGGGAUAAAUCCCUGUGGGAAUGCAAGACCUGAGCCCUCAAUAAGCAUCUCACCAGGAAAUGCAGUCCCAGACCUGGAAUACCCCACUUGUUGGAAGCCUGCUUCUAAUUCCUGCUUUAUUUCUGUAUAUCAGUGCCUUCCUCUAGCCUAAAUAGCUCCCUUCUCUCCUCAGUCAGAACAAGCACUCCCUGAUAUCCUGAUGGAGAGCUUUUUUCACCCAUGUUUGUCUGUUAGGAGGAAAAAGCCAAGGUUUCUGCUCUCUUCUCAUGAGAGGCCCUGCCUGGCCUUGUGUCCCCAGCCUUUGCUUGCUGCUCAGGCCCAACACAGUCCCAUCCAUUCUCUGAAACAAAAGUGUCAACUACCUACAGACCAAAUGAAUCAUGUGCAUUUACCCUCAAGGGUAAAGGUCUGGCAAAGGAAAUGCACCAGUCCUGGCCAUGGUCUGCUACCUCCCUGUACUGCUGUGCUGUUCAUCAAAUCCAUCAAAUCCAUCAAAUCCAUCAAAUCCCUGCACCUUGCUCAAUGCCAUCACUGCUGCAGGAUUCAGGCACUUUUCUCUUCAGUACACCAGAGAAGGUACAAGAGAGAACAAAUGGUCACUUGAGGGGGGUCCCACCUGUGCUCCAGCCUUGUACUGCAUAAAGAAAAGGUGAGAAAUAUUUAACUGAGGGGGCCAGGCCCUGCCAUGGAUUCAGGGGUGAGUCACUGUGACCUGUGCAUCUUCUCUGGAGACAUGGUGGGACAUGAACUGUCGGGGAGGAACCCGAGCACAGCUGAGAUCUCUGCUGGGCCCCUGCACUUACCUCUUGCUUUGAGCAGUGUCACAAUCCUUGGGAAGUGCAGGGUCCACAGGAGAGGCACUGAAAUCUUCCUCCCCCUAUGUCACACAAGAGCUGCUCUAGCUGUCAGUCAGGGAAAAGGACCCUGAUCAAAAUCUUCAGUGUCUUUGAUAAGCAUCCAUCACUGGCACCCACCCACCUGUCCUUCUGCAGGAGGAGACAACAUCAGCAGCACACACAGAUGUAAAGCUGCUCUAAAUUUUAAAUGUAACCAGGCAGUGGUAUAGCAGGCACUAGUUUACAGAUUUUUUAUGUGUGUAUCAUAAAUUUAAAUCACUCAAAAUGCCGCAAUUAGAUCCUAUUAAAAAUAUACUUUGGAUAAUCUAGUAAUUAAUGAUCUUGUAAUUAAACAUUAAUUCAUCCCAUUUAUACAAUUCAAACACAGGAAAAUUCAGAACAGUGGAUUUAACAUGCCCCUUUGUGGUGCUGCAUGAUUCAUUUUUCAAGGCACUUAAGAGUUGGUACCCUCUAAAGUCACAAAGCAGCUCCUAUUUUCCCAGGAAACUGCUGGGGAAAUUGCAUUUAUCUGCUAGGAGAUCCUCUGGUUUAAGGGAAGCAGAGCAUAAGACAACAUUAAUGAGAGAUGCAAUAUGGAAGAAGGAUUGCUCCAGAGGCUCGAUUUUCCACAAUAAUUUGUCACUCAUUGCCUGCUGUGAGCAGUCUGUGUAGUUCUCUUGUCACCACCCCAGAGCCACUAGAGUUGUUUGGCCUUUGUCACCACCAGGCACUCACCCACUUGCCAGCCCCUCCACAGACCCUUGGAGUUCCCUUGGCCCAGGAAGGGCUCGUGCUACAGCUUGGGAAGGGUGGAGUGAAUCCCUUGGAAGUGUGCUGGGAUGCUGUGCUGGGUCCUGAGACAGCAUCCUCUUGGAGGGACCAUGUGGAGCAGAAACUCUGCUGCUGCCACAUCCCUCCACCUGCACCCACACACCCUCCUGCUGUCAGCAAAACCUGGGAUCUAGGACAGGCUUAAGCAAAAUUUUUGUGUGUAGCUCAUGCACUUGACUGUUCAUUAAAGAUGUUCUUUAAUCAGCAAGUGUGCCUUGUUGCAUUGAUUGUCUGUCUUUUAUAGAUCUAAAAUCUCUCACCUGAAGCCUCUCCAUCUUCAUGUUAUGGGACUGCAGCAUCCCUGCACAGCUGAGAGGGAAUGACGCAUCACAUGGAUGUUUUCUGACAGCUUCAGAGCACAGGUUUCAGUGUGUGUAAGAGCAAACAAGCAGAAGACCUGAGACUUACAGAAAAACGAGGGAGAGACAAAACAGAAAAUAACAUUUCAUCAUUAAAAACAAAAAAACCAAAAGCAUUUUUUUUAAUGCAUGCACCCCCACAAACUACAUUAUCACUGGAACAGCCCCCAUCUGGCAAUCACACCAGCAGAUAUAUUUGAUCUCCCCAUUACUGGUUUCCUCCCCAGCUUUUCAGAUACUCCCAUUUUUUCGAAGGAAGAAUAAAGUGUGAUGACAUCCGUGGCUCUCUGGAGUCUCUGUGAUUUGUGUGUUCAUGUGCACAGAUGUGUGCACACAUCUGUCUCUGUCCUUCUGCUUUACCUGCACAAAGGCUUGGUUUUCCUUUGUGUGCCUUUUCCUAGGAAAAACUCUGACGCCUUUUCUUCCCCUGAAAUGGAGACAAAGCCAAGAGCAGUUCUUGGCAUGCAGCUAUCCUAAUGACACUGUGACACAGGGAGGACAGCCAUCCAAGAGACAUCUGCUCCUUUGUCACAUGACAAGCUCUGCUUUUGGAAUGCACAAUUUGUCUGCCACAGUAUCAAACACCCUUCAGUAGCUCAAAGUUAAAUGAUAUUUCUGAAGGGCUGAUUGCAGUUUGCUUUUCUUCCUUAAAAGAUGUUUCUUCUUUGGAAUCUGUGUCUCUCCAGGGCCCUCAUGGCUCCAACACCUUGGAUCCUGACUGGGAAGAGCACCAGGCACCUUCCACACCAGUGAGGAAACUCUUCACAGGGCUCUCCAGAAGAAAGGCUCUAAGGAUUGACAUGAGUGUCUCUGCAGAGAAAACAGCAGGAACCACACUGUUCACAGUGCUUACUCACACAUCUAACAUUUACAUCUUUAAAUUAUCACUCAGAUGAAAACUAUUGCAGACUCACAGUUAUUCAGACAAUAAAGAGCCAUGCUGAGGUGGGAUGCCUUGAGACUGCUCAGCACUGGCUCUGAACGGUGUCACCUCCCAAAUGCCACAGCCUCUGGGUAGUUGCUCUUGUCUUCAGCAAGCACAGGAUGGGAGGAGCUGACCUUCUCCUCAAAGCACAGCCUGUGAGGCACCACAGAUCCCCAAAGCCACCAGGGCUGAUCCCAUGGAUGCUACACCCCAAACCUGGCUCUGUGGGCCAACAUGGAACAGAUGCAGAUGAGCCAGCUCAGGUCUGGAAACCAGGCUGCCCAGCCACAGGAGUUUGUGCAUGAGCACCAUGGCCAGCCUUGCUUCUGGCCUCGGGCAGGGAAGACUGCAAACCCUACAGCUCAGGAAGAUGCCAUCUCUGACCUGGGCUGCCCCCAGGAGCAGAUUCCCCAGUUCCAAAGGGGGUGGUCUGUUUGCUGGGGCAGAGCCUCUGCGUGUGUGCUGUCCCAUGGGCAGACUCCCUGCACAGCUACAUCUGGUUUGGGAAGCAAAGCAGCCAGCACAUCUCAGCCUUCAACCAUUUCCCAGAAAUUAUCAACACUUCUUCAGUCCAAAUCAAAGCAAAACACUACCACAGACACUAUCUGUAAAACAAAAUCGUACCUGAGCUGGGAUUUGAGGACUCACACAAAGCUUCCAGCAGGUGUUCCCACAAGACAGCCCCAGCCAGGGCUUCUGGAGGCACCACCACAGUUAAUGGUUACAUCUCAGGAGAAGCAAAGGAGCUGUGGGGGCAACCUGCUUUGGUUAAGUUUCAGAGAACUACAUCAGUUCUUCAAAUUCACAUAGCCUAAAAAAUGUAAAUUUUAACAGUUGUUCCUGGAGGGAGAAAUUUGAAGAGGGAGAAUACUCUAUCACUGCUUUCACAUUUAACAAGUUUUGGGGUUGGGAGUGUUGGGACAUCUGCUGACACUAAUCCCUGGGAUUAAGCAGCUGUGGACCAUACUCCAAGUAGAGGUCCUUAUCCUUGUUUUUUGUUGUUGGUUUAGUUUU